GUGAACACGCUGUAGAGUCAGCACUAACCGUUGCCCGCGAGUGCUGUAUAUUUUUUUAAUACAACAUAGUACAUUUAAUAUUAUCGCAUACGUCACACGAGAUUAUCCAUCUUCUCGCACUCCGAUCGCGGUGUAUAUAAGUGUUUUUAAUACGCUUAUAUUGUAUUAUAUUUCAGUAUAUAAUCGUCGUCUUCAUUCUUAGACGUAUACAAUAUCUGUAUACUCGCUCGCACUGCAGCACGCCRCUCGUUUCAUAUCAUAUUAUUAAUUUAUUAUUGUUAUUGUAGAGACAAUAUUGUAAGCGCACGCUAGCACCGAUUUAGAUCGUGUCUCCGUUUAUCUCGUCGAUUUCUGCAGUAGUUACUUACCUGUAUAUAUAUAUAUGUGUGUGUGUAUAUUGUAUAUGUAUUAAUCGUACAAAGAUAAUAUUGUACGGUAAUCAAAAACAAUUCCAUUCAACUAAAAAGUUUACCACUCGGUCGUGCGUUGGUUUUUUUCCGAGGUUCUGUACGUUUUUUUAGUUCACGAAAAUUCAUAGUGUCACACGUGAUGCGUUGACCGAGACCGUAGUUGACGUCUUCAAUUUUUGUUCUAUUGUACCGCAUCAAAGACGUAUAUACUAUAUUUGGAUACGUGGACUGUUUACACAAAUCACUUAGGUAUCAAAAGUGUAUAUCCGGAGAUCUGACUAUCUGAGUGCUGUAAAUGCUCCUGCACACGACCCGGCGAACGUACAGCGAACGAUUGAUGCACAACGAACAGUUUAUCGCCGCGACGAAGAUAUAACACGCCAUCAUGGUACACACGGGGUCUUGUAGCGACCGAAUACACAACAAAUUGGCCAGCUACUUACCGAUACUGACAUGGAUGCCAAAGUACAAGAAGGUGGACUUGCUGUACGAUGCCGUGUCGGGCAUCACUGUCGCGCUUACGUUGAUGCCUCAGUCUAUAGCUUACGCGUCGCUAGCAGGAUUGGACCCACUCUUUGGAUUGUAUGCUGCAUGCUUCGGUAGCUUGAUGUACAUAAUAUUUGGAUCAGUACGUCAAAUUACUAUCGGACCUGCAUCCGUUGUUGCGUUGCUCACUUUCAACUACGUCAAUCCAGCGCUACCAACUACGGCGGUAAUUCUCUGUUUUGUGUCUGGAAUUGUCGAGCUCAUCUGUGGACUUCUCCGCCUAGGUACAGCAAGUUUGUUAUUCGAUAAAAUUUGAUCGAACCCCAAUUUAUUUCCAUACCA